CUGAGCCUCCUGAGCUCACUUUGAGCUGGCCCACUCUGAGUGAGCUAAGUAGAAGCUCUGAUUGAAAUCUGAACCACCAGGAAGUUCUCAAGCUAGUAUCCCUGUGAAGAUUUUACUGUUGUCCUUUGUAAACUAGGAAAAGCUUUACAAAUAAUUAUCUUAUCAGAAAAGAAAUGAUUUUGGAAUUGUUGGCAAAGAACAAGAAUGGCCCUCAAACAGCUUACAUGGAUGAACACGGGGUGAUGGGCUGAAAACCACUUAUUCCUAAUUCUUCUUUAAGCAGUGAAAUCUUGAAACUGAAAAAAAAAACUCACGAAUUUGAUACAAAAUCUCAGGGGGGAAUUUUUAAUUUUGACCAGGCUUUUGAGGGGAUAGGCAAGUUUUUAAGUAGGUUGUAUUCCUCUUCCUUGGGCAGAAUGGCUCUUCCUGGGAACGAAGCCCUUUGGCCUCAUUAGCUUGGCGCUUUCCUAAGCAUUGCACUGGGCAGAGUGCAUCCACCAUAUCAGAUGAAGGCCAAGGGCAACAGGUCCUCAGCAUAGACCUUAAGAUGCCCCAGAAAAGUUGCAGUUUCCUCAAAUUGCACUAUUGUUGUUAUACAGGAUGUCUAAAGAGAGAAUUAACAUGACAGUUGAAUCACCAAGGGUUCUCUGAAUCAUCAAAGGCCUUCUUUCUUCUGUCUUCUACCCAUUUUACCAAGACUUCUCUGCCACUUCUCUUUUCAGGACCUUCUAUGUUGACAGUGUUACUCAUUCAAGGCAAAGUUGGCCACUGACACAGUCCUGGUUUCUCGGAUGUCACCUGUCUGCCACACUUGCCUGAGUCCCCUUGCAUCCCUUGCUCCCUCACGGUCACGGAGUCACCAGGAGCCAUUCAGGGGAGGACUUCUCUAUCAGCCUCAGCCCCAGAGACUUCCCUAUCAAUCAGCCACCCGAGAACAGCCACACAAGGGCUGAGGCAGUGGAGAACAGGGGGCCCUGGUUCUUUUGUACGACUUUCCCUGUGGCCCUGGGGUGAAGAAAGGCUUAUCUUGAGCUUCCUCUCAGCUGUAUGUAUUUUUCCCCAGCCUCCUGUUCUUAUCUCCCUUCCUUGGUGUUGGCAGAUCCCAGGGCUCUCAGGUCAGAGCUGCCGAAGAAGCAGGGACAAAAUCCAGGGAAGAGAGUUCCUUCAAUAGUCCGUAGCGCGUUCACAGACCACAUGCUUGGCAAACAAUUUACAUCUUAUUAUGAAAAUGAAGUCUAUAAACAAGAUUACUUUAUUAAGUCACCACCUCCUCAGCUUUUCUUCUCCACAGCCUCUUGGAAAAGGCGGUUUUUUAUCCUGUCAAAGAGUGGGGAAAAGAGACUUAGUCUUUCCUAUUACAAAGACCAUCAUCACCGAGGUUCCAUUGAAAUUGAUCGAAAUUCCAGUGUAGAAGUUGGUAUAAAGAGCCCAGAAAAGAUGCAAUCUGUGCAGAAGAUGUUUAAAUGCCAACCUGAUCAGGUGAUGUCUAUCAGUACCACUAACAGGGAUUAUUUCCUCAUUGCUGAAGACAGGAAGAAGAUUAAAGAUUGGGUCUCCUUCUUGUCAUCGUUUCGGCGGAGUAUAAUAGCAGCUCAUCAGAAUACCGAGGAGAGAUGCUCUUUGGCUGAUAAAAGGCCCAUUUCUCACCCCAGCUUUUUCCCUGCUCCUUCAAGCGCCUUGGACAUUGUUGCCUCCACCUCCCCAAGGACCAGUCUUCCCGACAUGCACUUAAUGGAAAAAAGCCCUCCAGGAUACGGGGAAGCUCAUCUUCCACAUGUUUUCUUGCCAGAGACCACUGAAGAUACAGAAGAAGAGAGCAAUUAUCUUACUCCUCGCAGUGUUCUUUUAGAGGUGGAUAAUAUUAUUGAUUCCAAUGAUUUUGGUGAAUGCGUUGAACCUGGUUGUCCAAAUGGGGUCUCCAAGGAAAGUGAGCACCAUUAUAUGUCAAUGAAAUCCUUAUUUUUCAAAGAGACAACUGAUGCAUCUGCUGAUUGUCAGACCUUUCCAGAGAGCCAGGAUGGGGGGCCUCACCGGCAAGAUCAAGACUCAGGAAGUGAUUCAUGCCUUUCACCUGCCAACACAGAAGCACAAACUGCAAAUGAUAAACUGGGGUCAGCCCCACUAACUGUUGUGAAAUUGUCUGUUCUACUCAACCACGUGGAGACCUUAAAUGUGUGCCUUUCUGCUCCUGAUAUCAUAAACCAUCUUGCUCUCAUAGAAGCUGCAGGACGGAUAUGUGUGGCUCAAUGGGAAGGCCCCUCACCCCUGGGAUGCUUAUUUUGCCAUGGAGAUCAUGUCUUGGCUGUGAAUGGCAUGAAGCCCCAGAACCUGGAAGAGGUGUCCCUGUUUCUCACCCGGUCUAUACAGAAGGAGGAAAUAAAACUCACCAUAGGCCGCAUUCAAAAUUCAGAGAAAUUCCAUGUUAUACCCUGUACAUGCUCCUUAAAAAACCAAGGGGCUGCACCUGGUCAACAGGACAAGUCUGAACCAGAGAGGACACUAAAGAGGAGUGCAGCAAUGAAGAAGGGCCCGCAGCAGGGAGGCGGACAGAAGCCUGCUGUGGACCCACUGCAACAGGGGGUGGAGCCUCGGUGCACCCUGGGCUCUGCUACUCACAGCCUGUGACAGAAGAAGAGCUCACAUGCCUCUCUGAAUCACUGUAUCUGCAUCUUAACAAUGGGGCUAACUAUCCCCUCUCUAGCCAUGGCAUCAAAGAUGCUAAGAAGGUCAGGUGGUACAAUAGCUAGGGACCACAGUGAAGAUGGAAGGCCUGAUUAUCUGAGACUUUGUCUCAAACAGCACAGAGAUAGAUUGGGCAAGUCCUUCAUCUAAUUAAUACACACUGUGUAUUCUGUGAGGUCAUGGUCCACAUAAUCACUUCUUUGUUGAGAAACAGUUGGAAACACUUAUUGCAGGAAGGCAAGAUUCCCCAGAGAGAUGAGAGGCCCUCUGGGCUGGCCCAAACACCUCCUGGGAGUAUUCACCCUCCAGAAUCUAGAAUGCAAGGUCAGCAUGGCUUCUUGGAUUCAAUACAUCUCUUUUCUUAAAGACCCAGUAGCUAUUUUAGAAGUUGAAGCAGUUGUAGUUUUCAGAUCCAAGGUUGAUUUCCUUGCUUCACUAAUAAUGAGAACUACUUCUCAGUUCUAAGUUUGAAUAUUCUUAAUUUAUUGAUGCAUGAAUAAAUUGCUCCUGGAAGGCCACAAGGACCAAAUGCUUUUUAAUAAAUAGGAAACCAAAGACAGAGCACUAAAGCGCUAAUCCAACUGGGGAAAAUAGAGCAAAAGGGGCCUUGGAAAAUAUGUCUUGCUUGGUUGUUAUUUCAUAUGGAAGAAAUCAAGGCCUAGAAUGGUGAAUGAUGUACCCUCUUCGUGGCUCCAAGUUUCAUAGCUGUUUAGUAGCAGAGCCAAGAAUCUAAAACCAGCUCUGGAAAGCAAAUGUCCCAACCUUCAACUUGUAUUUGAAUUUAGAUUAGAAAAGCUCUUUAGCACUCACAAGAGAUGUUCAAACACGUUUCAUCUUCUGUUGUCCAGGAAGGAUAAAGUUUUCUCAUUUACAUGCUAUGUUUGACCUACUAUCUUCUGCUUCUAGAAAAAUGUAUAAAUAUACAAUGAUAUCUGUAAAAUCAAAAAUGUUUACUGCUACACCUUAGCAUUGUUUGCGGUAAUGAAAAAGUCAUUUGGGGAUUAAUUAUUAUUUCAUAGAAUUUAACAGGGCAGAUGUUUAAAAGUUUGGCAUAUAUGGUUAUGGGUAAUGUGCAUAAUAUAUUAAAAAUGAUUUAAAAACGAAA